CAACAACAACAACAACAACAACAACAACAACAACAACAACAACAACAACAACAACAACGAUAAUGGUAAUGAUAGGGAUGACUACAAUACCACAAAUGGCGAAGGUAGUGAUGAUAAUGACAGCAGCAAUACCAUUCAUCAGCGAGAUAGCGGCAAUAACGAACAUACUAUAAGUAACAGCUACAGAAACAAUUAUGAUUCAUUAUCUGUUGUUCCACGAGUAAUAGCAAGGAAAUGGUCAUGCACUACGCUUCCGACUCAAACCAAUCUUAAUGAAAUCAUGGAAAUGAAGUCUACUACGCAACCCCCACGCAGUAUCAAUGAUAACAAUAACAAUGAUCAUCAGUUAGGUGACGAUACAUCGCUAUCAAAAGUGGUACAAGUUCAACAUAUCAAUUCGGAGGAAGACAAGAAAGAGCAAGUUAACUAUGGAUCACUUUUAGCCACAGAAAGUUAUAUUUAUCAAUCAGCAAGGAAGAAGGAUUCACCAUCACAACAACUAGGGAUCAUUCAUGACAAUGAUGAUGGCAGUAAAAAGACGGAUACUGGAAAUAGUGUAACACCACAACCACAUUUUACUGGUCAAGAUGAUAAUAAAAGAUGUAUACGGGCGUUGACAAGAACGAUGAUUGGUGAUUGGAUUUGGAAAUAUACAAGAAAGGUGGUAGGGAGUGGUAUCUCUGAAAAGAAACAUAAGCGAUUCUUUUGGUUACAUCCUUAUUCAAAGACUUUAUACUGGAGCAAUCAAGAACCCGGUCUAGAUGGAUGCGAAUAUAGUACAAAAUGUGUGAUGAUUGAAUCUUUUGUGAUCAUUCGUAAUGAAAAAAUCCCAAGUUUCUAUAUCCAAACGUCUCACCGUGGUCUCAAGAUUCAGUGUACAGAUGAUGGAGCAUAUUCAGAUUGGUUCAAGUCAUUGAAAUACUUAUUGAUUGAUACUCCUCCGAUGGCGUCGCCGACCAUGAAUCUCGAACAAAACGACAAGGAUAAGCAAAAUAUGACGAAUCAUCGGCGAUUGACAAAGUUAUUGAAAUAUCAUCCACCAAGCAUGACAAAGGAAGUUGGACCUGUAGUUAGAAUAGGAUUGGAUUCUCGACCGUGGCAGCACCAAAAUCAACAUCGCAAAACACUCCCAACAUCAGCAUUUCCCCUGAACUCGUCAUCUGCCGUCUCACCACAUCAUCAUUCUUCUUCUUCUUCCCUCCGUUCUGAUAUGACACCAUCAGGCAUGGUGAAUGCUUCGUCUUUAUCUCUUCCUCAGAUACGUCAACGCAAUCACUUGACGACAGAUAGUACCAAUGAGAAGGUUGAUCAUUCGCGAGGACGGAAUCGAUUUGUUUGGGACACUUCUUCAUCACCUAUUUUCUUUUGGAUUCGGCCUAGACAAAACGUACUUUGAACAUGUAGAUCUUAUGAUUCACCCUUUUUUUAUAUUCAUUCUAUUCCCCUCUCCUUUGUAUCUCUCGCAUCAAAAGUAGAUAUUAAUUUAAUUAGUCAGUUUUAAUUAUAUUUUACAAAGAAAUCAUCAUAAUAAACUUAUUGUACACACACUCCAUUUUUG